AUGGACCCCAUUUCCGCAGCUGGAAUCGGCUUAAGCGUGACUUCGCUAUGUCUUCAAGCUUUUGCAGGAUGUGUCAAAGGCUUUGAGCUCCUGGUCAAUGCAGCCGAGAUGCCAGCCAGGUACCAAUACCUGCGCACUCGACUGCGGCUGGAGCAGAGCCGUUUGCUUAAUUGGGGCGAGCAAGUCGGGCUUCUUGAAGAAAUGCUGGAUAGGCCGAGCCAGGCCUUGAGCAUGUCUCAUAAUAUGAUAAUCGACGUCCUCCUCGAGAUGCAGGCAGCCUUCCGAAGCUGUCUCAAAGUCACCAACAAGUACGAUUCACUCGUCAUUGCAGCCGCCGGGAGGCAACCAAUCGACAGUGGGAGCACAAAACAGGCCGCUUUCAUGAAGAAGGCUCGCUGCUACUGGGAUAAUGCAUCGACCGUUGGCAAACGCCUUGAAUGGUAA